GUCCAUCAUUUUCAGUUUUCAACAAUUUUGUGAAAUAUAGCUAUUCGAGACAAAGUUUUACUGUUUUACGAAAUGCAGAACUUGUCGGAUGAAAGUAUUAGCGAAGUUAAAUUUGUUAACUUCGGAUCUGUUGCUGUGGAUACAGUUAUUGAAAAAUACGUUCUAAUACAAAAUAUAUCUGACAGGAUAACAACGUACCGUGUAUCUCUACUUUACAUAUUGAACACGAUAGAUCAAGUUUUCAAAGUAGAAGUUACUUCUACUCCUGUAAAACCACAAGAAAGUGCUGAAGUCACAAUCGUAUUUAAACCAAAUGUUGUGGGCCUAUCUUACACGGAAUAUUAUAUAGUUGACGAUACUUACGGAAACAGUUACAGAAUAACAGUAACUGGCAAGUGCUUCGGACCGAAGGUUACAUUAAGCAAGAAAAAAAUUGCUUUUACUAUUUGCAAGAAUGUAUCGGAGCAAAGGAAAGAUACGAUCAAUAUCGUUAAUAAAACGGACGUAGAUACGACCUACCAAUGGCUUUUGCCAUAUGGUGGUCAAGGAUUCUUCCAAAUUUCAACGGGCAGCUGUGGUUUGAUUCGAGCGUUUGAAAAUAUCCCAACAACAAUCGCCUUUACCGGUGUCGCUCUAGGCUUGUAUACAGCUGAAUUAGUUUUUUUAGUAUUAAAUCAGGAGCCAUUGUUUGUAAGUGUGAUAGCCACAGUUUCAUUGCCAGCCAGCAUCUCGUACAAUGUGGAUGAACAUAUAUUUGAGAAGCAUUGGAAACGCAAAAGUCGUUAUAACUAUUAUAUGGAGAAUAGUCUUAACCGUUUGACUUACAUACCCUCGGCCUCGGUUUACGAAAGAUAUCUCGACUUUGGGAUGGGGAGCCCAACAGAUAUCAGCAUGAAUAUAUCACAAACGCUUUGUGUCACUAAUCACGAACCCGUCGAGGGCUAUAUGCAGUGGAUACCAGACCCUGAUAACAUAUUCUUAGUGGAUCCAAUCGAUGCAGUGAUCCCUUCUAACGAAUCAAGAUUGUUUACUAUUCGGUUCAGACCGAAAAUCGAAAAUGACGCAUAUGGAUACUUACUAUGCGGAGACUAUCAAUAUAAAGUCGAAACCAGUGAUGGAAUAGUUAAAUUCAAACACACUUGGGUCCGCAUACCGUGUAUUGGUAAUACCUGGUCACCCUGCACCGAAUGGUUGACAGCUUGGGAUUGUCCUAUUGAGGUCACCUUACCCCCAACUGUACCGGCUCGGACUACGUUUACAAACUUCAUGUUAUCAAAUAAAUUGGAAAUACCGAUGUAUUUCAAAUUUCAAGCACCUUACAAAACAAAUUUUGUAGUAAUGCCAAUGUGCGGAAUAGUGCAAGGCCGAGGCUGGCAGAUAGUAUCAGUAGCUUUGGAGCCGAUGUCAUUUGGUGAAUAUUACGAGUCAUGGGAUUUGAUAAUAAAUAGAACUCAUAAGGCACGCGUGUCUCUAUGUGGGAAUGCUGAAGUGAGUCAAAUAGAUGUGAUGUCUCACGGUUACAAUCCAUCCGCUCACGCAAUGUACGAGUUCCCACCGACUAUCACUGGAUGUACCAAUUACUGUACCGCUUACCUUCACAACUUGACGAGAAUGGAAAUACAUAUGAGAGUACUGAACAACGUGGAAUGGCUAGGAGCGGACGACAGCGGCGCGAUAGUGCUGCCUCCGCGGGAGAUCGUGCGCUACCAUUGGUGGUUCUUCCCCAAGGAGACGGGCAAAGUCUAUGGGACAACAGUUUGCUGUUCAUGCGUUUGCCUUAUAAAUGGCAAACCUAUUGGUGAGCCUACUGAAAUAUUUAUUAACAUCACAGGAUUUUCAGAGACGCCGGAUUUAAGGGUUAUCCCGAAGACAACAAACCUUCACGAUUUGGUGGUUGGUGCGACCACAACAUUUACUGUCACCCUCUAUAACUACGGCACUUGUUUCUUCACUUCCAAACUGUACUACGACAUCGACGGCAUGGGUGAUGAUUUUCAAGGAGAUAGGAUCGAUAUUGAAAAUUCUAUUAACAGUCUUAAGCCAUCAAACUACUGUGAAGUGAAGUUAUCAGUGACGCCUAAGGGUGCGGGCUCUCGUCAAGUUGAUAUUCGGUAUACUGUUCUCUUUCGAUCUGCUUACGAUGAGAUAGAAGAAAUACAACCCGUCACGAAGUCAAUCUGUACGUUCUGGUAUGAUGGAAUUUAUCCCACUCUUAAGGUGAAACGCACGAUCUCUGUAAAAUGUCCAAUAAUAUUGAGUAAUCAUUGUCUAUGGAAUAUUAUUAAUGUGGAAGAGUUAAAUAAAGCUUUAAUGGACGUUAGACCUAACAAACCUUUGGAUGUUAACCUUUACGCACCUGAUUUAUGCACUAAGGCGGGUCAUGUGGAACUGGUGUUCGUUUUUGGUUGCGUUUACGCAGUUUCCGUGCCCUGGAAUAUACGACGAAGGAAGAUCUGCGACUGCCCUAUGGUCGAAGUACAACUCGGUAUUUCAACCUUCGAGAUGAGACAUACAUGUGGACAUAGAAACUAUGUUAAAUUAUCUCCCAAUAAUGGAAUUGUCUCGCCGGAAAACCCAAAUCUUGUAUUCAUGGACGUUAAUUACGGUCAUGAAGGAUUGAAUACCUUAUGUUUUGUGUUGACAAUGCCCAAUCAGAGAGUACUUCAUAUCUACGUACAUGUUUACGCGUAUUUGAAUACCAAAGGCACCCUAGUACCAUUACGACGUCCUCAGAAAUCUAAUGACUGUCUUGCUGUACUGGAUUGUGGAAGGGUUCCCAUUAAUAAUUUGGACCCUGUGAUUCGGAUCGUGUGGCUGUACAAUCCUACAGAGGUGUACACGACGUGGCGUUUAUUAGCUGGUAACGUGUCCACCUUCGACUCGGCUCUCCGCUGCCUGCAGUACUUCGCGGAGGUGUCGCCUCUUGAUAAGCUGGCCAUACCGUUUGCGUUCUUACCGACAGAGAUGAUAGAUUAUGAGACAGUAUUUAACUGUUCUUUCGGUUACGAUAUAAUCAAGAUAUUGGUCAAAGGACAAGGUGGGCUGCCUAAUUGUAUCGAAACACGUCUUGAUAUUCCAAGUUAUAUAGAGAGAAAUAUACGCGCUGCGUAUAGAGAAAAUGUGGUUUAUUUAUCUAAAAGCCAUGUUACUUUACCGGUAAUGCCCACUCAUUCACUAUCUAGAGAAAUAUUAGCGGUUUGUAACAACACGGACCAUUUGAUUAGAUUCAUAUGGCUACCGGAAAGGAUUGCGAAUAUAAUAAACAUAGUUAUAACUCCGUGGUGGGGAGUUAUACAGCCCAAAUCAACGGAAUGGAUAACGAUGACUGUUUAUACGCUGCAAGAGCCGGCCACAUUUACUACAACGGUGUCGUGUGAGGUUUUGGAUUUGACCGAACGACGAAGGUAUCAGUGCAAUGAACAUUUAAAGAAAACUAAAACGGAGAAAUGUAAUCAGGAAUUUAUUAUUACAGAAGAAGGACUCUCUCAUCCUGGAAUUAACGAUAGCCCACCAUACGUAUUGGAUAUAGAAAAGCCGCAGCCCUUCUAUCUGUCCAUGUCUGUGUCGAUAUCGUCUAAGGGUCAACGGGAUGGUUAUCCUAGAUUAUUGAUGAAACAAAUGUGGGAACAGACUCCCCCUUACGAUUUAUUAUCUACGGAAAUGCACUUACACGACGGUGGUAAGGAAUUAACCUCGAGUGGUAACAAUAUGACUAUCAGUGAGAUAAUUCGAAUUAUCGAAGGAAUAUUGUGGGAUGCUCUAAACAGUAAGAUGUUUAGAUAUCAAAUUGAACAUUAUACUAAAGAAGAAAUACCUACUUAUGAACAAUUAGUGAAGACGAUUGAGAGUGAUUCCAAAGAGAGAUUCAGCAAGAGAAUCACAUCAGGGAUAUGCGACGCUAUUGUCAAUAAGGCAAUAUUCAAUGUAUACAGUUUGAAUUCUAAAUCCAGUAUAUGUAUACUGGAAGCAGAAUGACUUUAUUUCUAAUUUUAUUUAUUUCAAUAAAUAUUACAAGCA